AGACUGAAGGGGCAGGCGAGAGGGAGGGAGGCACUCAGCAGGCAGAGCAGAGACAAGGAGGGAGUGCAGGGCUUGGAGCUGGGUACCGCCGCGAACACCCUGUCCCAAUCCUCCUUCAUCCUUCCCAUCCCAGCCACCUUCCUUCCUGACAGCCACCGGAGCAGCAGCCGGACACAGACCCCUUCCAGACAGGUGUGACUGAACCAUGGAGCUCCGAGUGGGGAACAAGUAUCGGCUGGGCCGAAAGAUUGGCAGUGGUUCCUUUGGAGACAUUUACCUGGGUGCCAAUAUUGCCACUGGGGAAGAAGUUGCCAUCAAAUUGGAAUGUGUCAAAACCAAGCACCCCCAGCUCCACAUCGAGAGCAAGUUCUACAAGAUGAUGCAGGGAGGAGUGGGUAUUCCUUCCAUUAAGUGGUGUGGGGCAGAGGGUGACUAUAAUGUGAUGGUGAUGGAGCUCCUGGGACCCAGCCUGGAGGAUCUCUUCAAUUUCUGCUCCCGCAAGUUCAGUCUCAAGACUGUUCUGCUCCUGGCAGACCAGAUGAUCAGCCGUAUCGAGUACAUUCAUUCCAAGAACUUCAUCCACCGGGAUGUGAAGCCAGACAAUUUCCUCAUGGGGCUUGGCAAGAAGGGCAACCUGGUGUACAUCAUCGACUUUGGCCUGGCCAAGAAAUACCGAGACGCCCGGACCCACCAGCACAUCCCCUACCGGGAAAACAAGAACCUGACUGGCACGGCCCGCUACGCCUCCAUCAACACCCACUUGGGAAUUGAACAAAGUCGCCGUGAUGACCUGGAGAGCUUGGGCUACGUGCUCAUGUACUUCAACCUGGGUUCACUGCCCUGGCAGGGCCUCAAGGCUGCCACCAAGCGCCAAAAGUAUGAGCGUAUCAGUGAGAAGAAGAUGUCAACACCCAUUGAGGUGCUCUGCAAAGGGUACCCUUCUGAGUUUUCCACGUACCUCAAUUUCUGCCGCUCACUGCGGUUUGAUGACAAACCCGACUACUCGUACCUGCGGCAGCUCUUCCGUAACCUCUUCCACCGCCAGGGCUUCUCCUACGACUAUGUCUUCGACUGGAACAUGCUCAAAUUCGGAGCAGCCCGAAACCCUGAGGACAUGGAUCGGGAGCGGCGAGAGCACGAGCGAGAAGAGAGGAUGGGGCAACUCCGGGGUUCCGCCACACGGGCGCUGCCACCCGGCCCCCCUGCUGGAGCCACAGCCAACCGCCUUCGCAACGUCGCCGAGCCCAUGGCCUCCACGCCCGCCUCCCGAAUCCAGCAAUCCGGAAAUACGUCCCCCAGGGCGAUCUCACGGGUGGACAGGGAGCGGAAGGUCAGCAUGAGGUUACACAGGGGAGCUCCUGCCAACGUCUCUUCCUCCGACCUCACAGGGCGGCAAGAGGUGUCACGGAUUUCAGCGUCACAGACGAGCGUGCCAUUUGAUCACCUUGGGAAGUGAGGAGAAGAUGUCCCCGGACCAGUGUUUGCUUAGUGUCUUCACUGUAUUUUUCUUUUAAAAACAAAAACAAAAAAACCCCAAAAACAACAACAACAAAAACUUUAAAAAACCCACAAAACAGUUUUUUUUUUUGGUUUGUUUUUUGCCAACACUGAGGAGAUGAGCUGCCCCCCCCGUGCUGGCAUGAAACGUUUCUGAGCUCGCCACCUGUGUUCCCCAACACGAGCGCCUCCGAGAAGCCGACGACGCGGGAGCCCUGCAGAAAUGCCUCUGCUGCCUUUGUGCAGCUUUCCCCCCCAACCCCAUCUCAGCGCACCGUCUUCCCAGCUGACUGCACCCCGCCCUCCCUUGACUCUGCUCUUUUUAUUUUGUUUUUAAAACAACGUCCUGUCUCUUUUUUUAAUUUUGGUUGAUUUUAAGAUCAAGUGGUUUCUAAUCCAAUUUUUUAAUUCACUUUUUUUUGAGGGAGGGGUUACACUUGUUUUGCAGGAAUCUCCUGGGCAGGUAGAAAAUCUCUGAUUCCAGCCGUGGCUGGUGGUAGAAACUGUGUUUACAAGCAUUAAAAGAGAUGGCUGGCAAGCUGUGAGAGGAGUCACAGGAAAGGCCUGCCACUUAUUCAGGCACCUUUUUCCCCAGUGGCACCUCCGCACCAUGUGGGGAGUAAGCGGAAGCACCAGGCAUGUAUAAAUAAGACAAACGGUCCUGGCAUGCCAAGGGUUUCUUUCCAGAGGGGUUGAGCAGUUGAAUGGAGGAGGUGAAAGUGAAGCUGAAAGACAGGGAGACUGUAACCUGCUUCCCAUACCGGGGGUGGGGUCUUUUACAUCAGGCUGCACGUGAUGUUAGGUUUUGUUUUAAUUACUGAGGGAAAAGUGUGGGAUCCGAGGAGAAGAGAGGGGUGUGCAGAAACUUGGGGGAUGGUUUUCCUCUUCCAGCUCCCCCCUGCCCCAAAUAAAAGAUCUGAUAUCCCAGUGCGUAUGCACAAUCCCUGACCGCCUCCUUCUUCCCCCACUUUAGUUGUUUUAAAUAUAUUUUAGGAAUGCUCAAGACACCACAUGGUUCUUGGGUUUUAAAAUGCAAUGAUCACCGCUGUGACAUAUGGCCUCUAGCUGGCGCACUGACACUAGUGUGGAGCCGGUGGGGGUGGGGGGAGUUCGGUUUUGGUUUUAUUCCUUUCUAUUUAACACUGGUUUUUUUUUUUCCCUAAUUUAUUUACCCCUCUUACUCUCUUUUUUCUUUUUUUAAUUAAAGAGCAAAACUUUUUAUUACUUUGUAAUUUAAAAAAACUGAAAAAAAAAAAAAACCUGAAGAACUUUGGGGGUGGGGGUGGGGGAUUUU